CGGCGCACACUAAACAGCUUAGCAAUUCCAGUGGCACUUCCAAUGCUUGUCCUAGGUAUAAAAGCGAUGCGCAAGCCAGUCAAGAGCAACAGUUGUCGGCUUCAGCUUUCCAGACACAACCCUCAACAAGAAAAUCCUUCGCAGCGAUAUGGCCAAGUUUCAAGUGGUGCUAAUGAUUGCCUUCGGCCUGUUGGCCAUCGUCGGAGCCCAGCAGCAGCAGCAACGGCAGCAACGACAGCAGCAGCAGCAACAAUUUCAGCGCCAGCGUUUGAGCCGCGGACGCUCGCGUUACUUUGCUCGUCAGGAGUUGGCACCAGCAGCGGAUGCCGAUGCCGCCGUUACGCCAUAUCCUCUGGCCGAUGAACUUAAACCGGAAGUGCCAUUCGAUGAGGCAGCCGCUCCAGCCGCUGCUGAGCCGACGCCAGAUGCCGUCUAUGGGCCACCAGAUGCAGCGCCAGCACCCAACAAUGUGCCCGACGAGGUCUACGGCCCGCCCGAUGUCACUGGCAACGAUCUGCCCGCUGCCGCCGAUGUGCCUGCCGAGCAGCAGGCGCGUCUAGUGGCCGCCAGGCGUGCGGCCAAGCUGCGUCGUGCCAGCCAGCCAGUAGCAGCAGCAUCUGUCAGUCGUCGUGUCGUCUCCGCUGCGGCACGUCCGGCCAAGCUGAGCGCAGCCAGACGCUUCUAGAGAGAUUCCAGUGCAUCUGCUUGCGAGCUGCCUGAGCUGGGCAGUCGCAGAGUUAGAUUCCCCGCUAAAACCCAUGACGAUUCAAAACGACGAUACUUCGAUGAUAAUGAUGAUGACGGCAUGCAAAACACACACACACACACACGCACACUGCCACAACACAACACAGCACAAAACAUUCACUCACAGCGUAAAUAAUAUAUUACUUUGGAUUGUAUGAGAAUUGCAAAUAAAUUGUUUGGAAAUCAUAACAAAA